CACCGUUUGGACGAAAUCGGAGAUAUUCUUUGGGAUGCAUUCCGUACGAUCCUUUCGAGUGAAUCAAUGGAUUCUCUUGCAUACAAGUUAUUCAGAGAAGCUUUAAAACCCGAAAGAAACUUAAAAAAAGAUGAACUAUUAAAUUUUCUCAAAUCAAAAUUUGAUUAUCAUGAAAGAAUUGUAAAGGAAGUAGUAAAAAAUUAUUUUAUCGAAGAGAAGAUGUCCGAUAUUACGUUAAGAAGAAAAUCCCUUAUACUGUCACAGAAAGUUUAUCAGUAUAUUCUAAACACAUAUGGUAAUAAAUCUGAGUUGACUUUAAUGUGCUUUGAAGAUAUCCUUACGUUAAGAAUAUUUAUCGAUAGCGAACACGAAUCAGAAUUAUCAACGUGUACAUAUAAUUCAAUUAUUUCGACUUUUGAUUUAUAUAGAAAGGCAAACGUGUCAUAUAUACCAACACAAUUAAAUUUAAUAAAACAAGCAACAAGUUUAGAAAUCAUUCGACCCUUUUUUGAUAGCUUUCUUCCUACCAUCUUUGG